CAAGCCUCAAACAAAAAAAUAAGGUCUAAGUCAGGAAAAGACACCUUUGGCCAGAAAAAAAUGCUCCUAAGAAUUCUUUUCCUCAUAUUCCUUAUCUCAUCUUUAUCUGCCAUUGAAACAGAGCAGUAUGCACCUGCAAUAAGAAAAACUCGUUUCUCAGCCAACAGUCCAGCAGAAGUGGUUCGCUGUCUGAACAAUGCUCCACAAGUGGGUUGUAGUAAAUUCUCCUGUCUGGAAAAUUCUACCUGUGACACCACUGGUAUGCAUGAUAUCUGUAACAUCUUUCUCCAUGCAGCAGCAGUUUUUAACACAGAGGGUAAGACUUUUUUCAAGGAGAGCAUCAAGUGCAUCGCCAAUGGCAUCACCUCCAAGGUUUUUCAGACCAUCCGACGCUGUGGCACCUUCCAGAAAAUGAUUACUGAAGUGCAAGAGGAGUGUUACAAAAAACUGGACAUCUGCGGAGUAGCCCGCUCAAACUCUGAUGCCAUUGGAGAAGUGGUGCAGGUGCCCAGACAUUUUCCAAACAGGUACUACAGCACACUGCUGCAAAGCCUAAUGGACUGUGAUGAGGAGACAGUGGAAGUGGUCCGCUCUGGGCUUGUGGCUAGGCUAGGCCCUGACAUGCUCACCCUCUUUCAGCUGCUGCAAAAGAAGCCCUGUCCCCAGGACCUUGGUCAUGGUACUGCUGGUAUGGAGGGCCUAGAGGGCUUCCGCUGGCCCAUGGGAGCACCCAUGUUCAAAAUCCAAUCUGAUUUGCAUAACAGGGAACCAAAUCACCUCUUUGCCAAAAAACGUUCAGUUGAAGAUAAGAUACUGAACACCAAGAUGCUAAACACAUUAAAGAAAUGAUUCCGCAGAAACCUUUUUUUUUUUUUUUUUACCACAAAUAUAGUCAAUCAGCCAUGCCAUAUAUGAUAUCCAGUAUUUUACUUUUUUAGUGUUGCACUACAGCAACAAUAGUAAAAUAAUGGAAGUUAUAGAAGCCUUUGACUACAAAUUAGCAUCUUGCAAAUGGCAGUUCCUAAAAUCAUGCACUUCCUUCAAAUAAAUGAAUAAUGUCAAACAGA